CCUUCCUCUCUGGCAAAAGCCACAAAGAAUUAACCAUUAACUUAUUAAGUUGUCUCCCUCUUGUCAUUUCUUUUCAAUUCUCAUUUCAUUUCUGCUUGGCUUUACUCUCCAGCCUUCACGGCACCAUCCGCCUUCCCCAUCCCCGUUUUAACCCUAUUUUUCUCCCCUUAUUUGCAUCUCAGCUAUUCAUUCUCCAAAUUCAUCGUUGAUUGAUUUCACGCUCCAUCUGGUUAUACUUUCUAGGGUUUGCUUUGCGUUCUCUCCCAAAUUUUCAAUUUGCGAUUCGUUGAUUGAAUUUGUUAUUACUGUUCAUAUAUAUAUAAAAAGCAGCAGGAAAAUGGAAUCGGAGGAUGAUAUCGAUAUGCACGACGCCAACAACGAAUCGGGGGAAGACGAUUUCUACAGCGGCGGCGACGAUGAUGCUGGAGCCAUGGCUGCUUACGAUGAUUCCGAUGCCGAUGUCGCUGAUUAUGAGUUCAUCGACAACGAUUCUGAUGAUUCUGAUGACCUUGUCUCUCAUCGAUACCAGCAAAAUUAUACCGUUUUGAGCGAAGUAGAUAUUUGUCAGCGUCAAGAGGAUGAUAUUAUGAGGAUAUCUACUGUACUUUCCAUCUCAAAGGUUGAAGCAGGCAUCCUGCUACGCUACUAUAAUUGGAGCGUCAGUAAGGUACAUGAUGAAUGGUUUGCAGAUGAGGAAAAGGUUCGCAGGUCUGUUGGUUUGUUGGAGAAGCCUGUAGUCCCAUUUCCAGAUGGUAGAGAAAUGACUUGUGGGAUAUGUUUUGAAACAUAUCCUUAUGAUCGGCUACACACUGCUGCAUGUGGUCAUCCUUUUUGUAACUCUUGCUGGGCAGGUUAUAUUAGCACAUCCAUCAAUGAUGGUCCUGGAUGUUUGAUGUUGCGAUGUCCUGAUCCAUCCUGUGCUGCUGCUGUUGGUCAAGAUAUGAUAAAUGUAUUGGCUUCUGAUGAGGACAAAGAGAAAUAUUUUCGUUAUUUCAUUAGAUCCUAUGUUGAAGACAAUAGGAAGACCAAAUGGUGUCCUGCACCAGGCUGUGAUUAUGCUGUGGACUUUAUUUUGGGCAGUGGAAGUUAUGAUGUUACUUGUCGCUGCUCUUAUAGCUUUUGCUGGAAUUGCACUGAGGAAGCUCACCGUCCUGUUGAUUGUGGCACUGUAGCCAAGUGGAUACUGAAAAACAGUGCAGAGUCUGAAAAUAUGAAUUGGAUAUUGGCUAAUUCCAAGCCUUGUCCAAAAUGCAAGCGCCCGAUUGAGAAGAACCAAGGGUGUAUGCAUAUUACAUGCACACCACCUUGUAAAUUUGAAUUUUGCUGGCUUUGCCUUGGUGCAUGGUCAGACCAUGGUGAGAGAACUGGUGGAUUUUAUGCUUGCAACCGUUAUGAGACAGCAAAACAAGAGGGUGUGUAUGAUGAGGCUGAGAAACGAAGAGAGAUGGCUAAAAACUCUCUAGAGAGAUAUACUCAUUACUACGAACGAUGGGCAACCAACCAAUCAUCUAGGCAAAAGGCACUGGCAGAUCUACAGCAAAUGCAGACCGUGCAUCUUGAGAAGCUGAGUGACAGACAGUGCCAACCUGAGUCACAGCUGAAGUUCAUCACUGAGGCAUGGCUACAGAUAGUAGAAUGUAGGAGAGUUCUGAAAUGGACAUAUGCCUAUGGAUAUUAUUUACCAGAACAUGAACAUGCUAAAAGACAGUUCUUUGAAUACUUGCAAGGUGAGGCCGAGUCUGGGUUAGAACGACUUCACCAAUGUGCAGAGAAGGAGCUACAGGUUUACCUCAAUGCAGAGGGCCCAUCAAAAGAUUUUAAUGAGUUUCGGACAAAACUUGCUGGAUUGACAAGUGUGACUCGAAAUUACUUUGAGAAUUUAGUUCGAGCUCUAGAAAAUGGUCUAUCGGAUGUGGACUCCCAUGGUGCCUGCAGCAGGAUGGGGAGCUCAAAGAGCUUGGGAGGUGGUAGCAGUAGGGGAAGAAGUGGGAAGGCAAAAGGUUCAACCUCCAGAUCCAGUGGCUCUAGCAGAAAUAUUGACGAUUCAGGCCAUUGGUCCUGUGAAUAUUGCACCUAUGCAAAUGUCAAGUCUGCCACCAUUUGCCAAAUGUGCCAGCAGCGUCGAUAAAUUUCAUUUCUAGACCAGAUUGAUCUGCCUGGAUGGACAGACAUCGGCGUUGCCUCUUGAUGUCUGGUUGCCAUGGCGUGGGCCUUUAGAGCAUUGCCAAAGGGAGAAAAAAGUUUUUUCCAUUGCUCUUUCCAUCUCUUAAAUCAAAUUUGCCAUGAUAGGGUGCAGCAGCAUUGAGAAACUGAUGUUGGGAGAAGAGGGAAAGAGAGUUCACUGUAUGUUUAUGUUGCCAUGUGAGCUGUAUAUAGUUAUUCUCGCUAGGUCCAACCUUUCAACUUGACUUGUUCCAUGUGGCAGCAGAGUUAUGCCAAUGUAUUCAUAUGUAAUUUCUACGGUUAUAAUUUUAUCUAAAAAAUAUAUUUGUAGCAAGCUUGAGGCUUUCAAGUGGAUUGUAAUGGAACUACUUGCAGAUGAUAGGCUGCAGUGGGCAGUGGCCUCUGCAAGAAUAAAUAAAUUGUUGUAACCCUUUGUUCAUCUUGGCACCAAAUCCCCUACGUGCA